GUUGGUAUCUCACGAUAAAUGUUUCAUUGACUAGCUUGGAAAUGAUAACCUGCAAGGUGAGAAUAGAUCUUUGUACUGACAUUAGAAAAUGAUUCCUGAUAGUGUAGUUCUUUCGGUUUUGGUAGCAUUUUGUAUUAGUUCUGCCCAAGGAUUGAACUGCUACACCUGUUCCACAACGAGUAAUGAAUACGAUGAUAACUGCGUUUCCACCCCAACAGAAGACAUGACUCGUGAUUGCAAUAAAAAAUAUUGUAAUAUCAUCAGAGUGGAAGACAAGGAUCCCAAAAAUUUGGUUUCUUCAAUGUCUAGAGGUUGCAGUGACGCCUAUUUGAAUGGAAAAACUGAAGAUUAUACACAUAUAAUAUAUCAAAUGUCUUGUAGAGAAGAUUAUUGCAACUCGGGUAGUGGUAAAACUGCUUCAGGUGGGACACACAAUUACCUGGGAGAUAAAUCAACGAUAUACUGCCCAGGUACAGAGUCAUCAGCUUCUACUAGACUAAUAUCUAUUUAUACAAUUAUAGCCUUUAUUGCAAUAUUCAUCAUGUGAGAGUUCACUUCUCAUUGUAUUAAAAAAAACGUGUCCCAUAAAAUUCAUUGGAGAAUUAAUUAUACUCAACCCCUCAUGAACUCCUUUCAGGCCCAAAUUAGAAUAUUUCCAUUCAAAAUCAAUUGUAUUUAUAUUUUCAGGUUGAAAAUACAUGAAAUUCAAUAUA